GAAUCGGAUACGGCAGCUGGAGUUUGUUACUCCCGUUGGUCUUUCCCAAACCGUGAAUUUCCCGGUUUAGAUACAUGCUCUCUUGGACUAGGACAGUGCAGAAUAAAAUGUCUUGUAAAGGUUUUCUCUCCGUGGAGCAGAAAAGAGGGUGAAAACUAUAUUACCCGCCAAAUAGGCUAUUUCCCAAAUCGCUCAUUCGCUAUCCAAGUCGGAGAGAGAAAUUGUUUGGAGAGGAGAGGUGGAAGAGGCCCGACUUUGAGCUGCUGCAGUCGCUAUGGCCAUAGCUGCGGCAUGGGAGUGACGUGACAUUCAGGAUGGAAAUGGCUUCCUAAACACAACCCCUAACCAACACUACCAUCAUGCUUGUCCCACUGAAGUAGAAACAAAGCUCAGAGGUGGAGGCAGAAAGCAUGGAUGAAUCAGUGCUGUUGGACUUGCUGGAAUGCCCAGUGUGUUUGGAGCGGCUGGAUGCCACAGCCAAGGUCCUCCCUUGCCAGCACACCUUCUGCAGGCGCUGCCUUCAGGGCAUCCUGAGCUCCCGGGCAGAGCUGCGAUGCCCAGAGUGCCGUACGCUGGUGGAGUGUGCUGUGGACGAGCUGCCCAGUAAUAUCCUCCUGGUUCGGCUGUUGGACGGCAUCAAACAGAGACCCCGCAGGGCGGGCCCUGUAGCUGGAGUCUGCACCAACGGCACAGCUGGAGUCAGGAUGCAGGGCAACGGGCCCAGAGACUCAGGCACUCCGGGAGCACAGCCCCAGAGAGGCCAGGCAAAGAGCACCCCAGUGAGGGGUGUACCCCAGCUGCCCUGUGCCAAGGCCCUGUACAACUACGAUGGCAAGGAACCUGGGGACCUCAAGUUCAGUAAGGGUGACGUCAUCAUCCUGCGACGUCAGGUGGAUGAGAAUUGGUACCACGGGGAGAUUGGCGGAGUCCACGGUUUCUUCCCCACCAACUUUGUCCAGAUCAUCAAGCCACUGCCGCAGCCCCCGCCACAGUGCAAGGCCCUCUAUGACUUUGAGCUCAAAGACAAGGAGGCAGACAAGGAUUGCCUGCCCUUUACUAAGGAUGAUAUUCUGACUGUGAUUCGCCGAGUGGAUGAAAACUGGGCAGAGGGAAUGCUGGGGGAUAAAAUAGGAAUCUUCCCCAUAUCAUAUGUCGAGUUUAACUCUGCGGCCCGCCAGCUGAUUGAGUUAGACAAGCCUGGGGACUCCAGUGGGGAAUCUGGCGAGGGGGCCUCGUCAGGCCCCCAGAGUAACGGGGGCCCCCACCGGGCCGGGGAGAAGAAGAACAGUAAGAAGCGCCACUCGUUCACCUCCCUCACCAUGUCCCACAAGCCCUGUCUGGCCCCGCCCCCCCAGAGACACUCCAUGGAGAUCAGUGGGCCGGUCCUCAUCAGCUCUUCCAACCCCACGGCAGCCGCACGCAUCAGCGAGAUCAGCGGAGGACUGUCCUGCAGCGCACCCUCACAGGUACACAUCUGCACAGCUGGACUCAUAGUGACCCCUCCCCCCAGCAGUCCUGUUACUACGGCAACUGUCUUCACGUUUCCCCCAGAGACGAGCUACACAUCCAUCCCUGUGGAUGCUCGCCCUCCUCCCCCGCCGCCUCCACCACAAUCCUCAGCGGUGGGAGCAGCCUCCUCGUUGGCUGCCAGUCAGAGACCCUCCCCUAGCACUAGCGAACAGAGUGGGCGGCAAAGACCCACAGUCUACGUGGCCCUGUUUCCCUACACCCCCCGUAAGGAUGAUGAGUUGGAGCUGAGGAAGGGAGAGAUGUUCCUGGUGCUGGAGCGCUGUCAAGAUGGAUGGUUCAAAGGCACCUCCAUGCACACUGGCAAGAUAGGAGUGUUUCCUGGCAAUUACAUGAGCCCCGUCAGCAGGACGGUGUCCGGCAGCACCCAACCCAAAGCGCCCCUUGCUCUGUGCACCCAGGCUGGGCGAGGGGUCACCAUCGUCAGCCCCUCCUCCACUCCUCUGGGGGCCAUUGUUCCAGGGCCUGACUUCAACAAGGCCCUCCCCAUCUGCCCGGGCCCCGCCCUCUCCAGCCCUUUACCCGCGGGCAUGGUGACUGCUGCUCACGUGACAACGGGACAGGCCAAGGUGCUCAUGCACAUGACGUCCCAGAUGACUGUAAACCAGGCACGCAAUGCUGUCAGGACAGCUGCAUGCCACAGUCAGGACCGGCCCACGGCUGCUGUGACGCCCAUCCAGUCACAGACAUCUGUAGCCUACCUGGCAGUGUGCCAAUCCCAGACCUGUUCCUCCUCCUCCAACCCUGCCCAGGGCUGUGUCCGCGCUGGGGUGGCACUGGGAUGUGCUGCUGCCUCCCUCACCCCGCCAAACGUCAGCGCCGCGUCCCUAGAUGGCGAUGCCCUGCGACAAGUGGCAGUCCUCACCAUGCCUGUCGCCCCUGGCAACGGCAACUCCAUGUCAGCUAACUCCUCCCUCGCCUGUCGGCUGGACAAGGAUGGCAAGAGGGAAAAGAAAGGUAUUCUGAAGCUGUUGUCGUCUAACAAGAAGAAGUCUCGCCCCUCUCCCCCCUCAUCCCCCACCCUGGAGGCAGAGCAGGCUGCUACGGGGGAUGUCUUCCAGGGGGCCAUGGGCCCCGACAUUACCCCUUCUCCCUCCUCUGCUGGCGUUGUCGUGGGUAACCAUGGCCGUGCUGUCCCCUGCCCUGUGGAGCCUGAGUCUACUGCCGCCUCUUCAUCCUCCUGUUCCUCAGCCCCGGAGUUAACGCACCGUAAGAGUAGCCCCCUGGACGGAUGUGCCCCCAUCGCCCCGCCACCUCGCCAGGCAUGCUCCUCCCUCACCUCCCAGCAGCACGACGCUCGGCCAAUCCUAUGCGAGAGGUACAGAGUGGUGGUGUCCUACCCCCCUCAGAGUGAUGCAGAGCUGGAGCUCAAAGAGGGAGACAUAGUGUUUGUCCACAGGAAGAGGGAGGACGGCUGGUUCAAAGGAACACUCCAGAGGAACGGCAGGACCGGACUGUUCCCUGGCAGCUUCGUAGACGGCAUCUGACUCACACUUGACCACAGUAGACUGACCGUGACCUGACCAUACCAUGAACUGACCAUCAAUGGAACCACAUCUGACUUUGUUGUUGCCUUGUUUUGGGAUCAAGCUGCGAGCCAACCAGCUGAAGUUGCUAGGGACAGGAUGAGAUGGGUACAUACACAACAUUUAAAGUGGUCCUCAAAGUACAGAGGAGAAGAAUGAUGAAAUAAUUUAAACUGAGCUGCAGAGGAAGAGGAGCUAGCUGUCAGUUGGAAGCACACUACUCCUGUUGAUUUCCUUUUUGUCAGUUAUUUAUAUCUGUAACAAUUCAAAACGUUAAAUGUGUGCCUUGUACUGUUCCUCACUUUAGUGUAUAUAAAGAAACAAAGACCAGAGAGUCAGAACUAAUAAUAUGAACUGUUAAUAGAUGGAAAUAUGACAAGUUGAAACGUGUUUUUGCGGGGGGGGGGGG